AACGUGGUGAGGUGUUCUCUCGAUACACAAAGUGUUCACAACAAAACGUCUUCUGCAGUGUUACUCAAGUGCAUGCAUUUUAGCUCUUUGUUAAUAAGUGAUGGCGAAUGCUUCAGGAAGUUUUAACGGGGGACCUCCAGACCUUGGGGAGGUUGUGCAUCGACAUUUUAACGGGACUCUAGAUGUGGACAUCUGUACUAUCCGUGUCCUACGUUUCACCCGGUGGUUUUCUGCUGAGGAAUUGCAGAUGAUCAGAAGAGCUUUCAUUGUUGAAUUCACUGAAGAGGACUUGAACUGGGUCAUGGAGAAGAUCAUUAGAUAUGUAUCUUUCCUCGCGCUGGACAUCCUGACACCUGCCCUGAUGGUGUGCAGGGAGAUGGAGAAUAAAGCCACCCAGAGAGAGUCUGCUGCUCUCUGCCUCCCUGUAGUGCUGGUGCAGGCUGCAGCUGGCAGUGGGGACGUCCUCAAAGAUGCCCAAGAUGCAGGAGAAGCAGGAACCAAUGUCAGGCGCAGGCUUAUCGUCAACAAUGUGGAGAGCCCCAUGCCUGAUGUCGACAAUCUUGCUGACCUGAGCAGAUUUUUCUCCCAAUUGCUCAGACAGUCAGAAGACAGACAAAUCAGUGGCAAAGUGGGCAAAUGUGUUGUCGACAUCACAACCAUGCUCCUGGAGACAUUGGUGCCUGGGUAUGCCCCUUGGAUCAGAGGGUUUUAUGGAGGAUGCCAGGAUGUCAGUGAGUUUCUCAGACGCCACAGGCAUCUACCUGCCAUGACGGCAACCUUCUCAUCCCUGAUAGAGACCACCUCAGAGAUGCUCACUGACAUGAGGAGGUGCAUCUUGUACCAGCAAACCACCGGCAGCAGGACCCAGAGAUACAUUCAGUUUGAGGACUUCAUCAGAUUUAUCUUCAAGCACUUCAUCUCGGAGUCUAUCAGAACGCUGCUGGAGAGAUUGAUGAAUGCGCCGAAUGGUGUGCAGCUAUUUCAUACCUCUGUGGCAGGGAUGGAAGCGGCGGAGAUGCCGCUCUUUCCACAGUUGUUUAUGCCAGAGAGAGACACAGUCAGGAAGCAGCUCAUCGGCGCCAUCUCAAAAGAUGUGACAUCUUUUCUCUCUGAAGCUACAGACAUGACAUCCAGAAAGAGAGCCUUAUCACAGUCCAUGCACACUGAAACAGAAGGGCAGAACAUACACACUAACGGUGAGACUGAGACAGACAAAGACAUGUCAGUCUCCUCUCCUCAUCUGCCUGAGAACAGCGUCGAGUCUCAAGAGUCUGAUGGACAUACUGCUCUGGUGGACAGAGGAGUCACUGGAACAGUGGACGCCUCUAGCAUCAGUGACAGCACCUGCAGCAUCAGCACCAUUAGCAGCAGAACCAGCAGCUGCAGCAGUAUAAGCAGUGAUACAAGCUCCAAUGAGGACUCUGCAGAUGUGAAGUCCACAAAAGGUGGGACUAAGCAGAGGAGAAAAAGGAGUUUUACGAUCCACUGGAGAGUUAAAAGAUCAGUAGCUCCCGCACCAGUGGUGGAGGAACCUUCUGUUGCCACAGAGAAGACCAGGAGGCCAUCGUUAAAAUCUCACUUAGCGUCUGCCUUCUCCAGACUCUGCUGCUGCUGCUGCAAAGGUCAAGAGUGACCUCUUGUGGCAGGGGUAGGAGUUGUGCAAGAGUGAUCUCUUGUGGCAGGAGUAGGAGUUGUGCAUCAUGAUGACAAAUGGCAUGCAGCUGGGAGGAGCAGUGGGGCUUU